AUGAGAUUGGCAAUUCUUGCUCAAUUGGCUGCUGUGUCUUUCGCUAUUCCAGCAGACCUCAACAGCCCGUCAGAUGAGCAGAUCGUUGCUCAAACUAUUCGUUCCAUCAACUCUCUCUACACAAACUCUUCGAUGCUGGAUAAAUGUCAGCAGUGUAAGGCAACACUGGACAUUGGUAAGGCAAUUUCCCUCACCAGACCAGACCUGGUUCCAGAGGUCUUUAUUGAUUGGUGUACAACCCAUAAACUGGACUCUGCUGCAAAUUGUAAAACAUACUAUUCGAGAAAUACCGUUGUGGCCUCCCGUACUGGUACGGACUUCACAAACUUGUUACAAUUGAUGGAUCCUUUCUCAUUGGAUGGUGAUUAUCUGUGCUACUACAAGAUGAAGAAGCAGUGCUCCUUGCCAGAGCUUCCAGAGAUUGACCUUUCAUCCUGGUGGCCUGCAAAGGAAGACAUUGCCAAGGUCGCACCAGCACCAGGCAAUGAGACCUUUAACGUUCUCCACGUUUCAGAUUUCCACAUCCAGUUGGACUACGCAUUGGGUUCUGAGGCAAACUGUACUACCAACGGUAUGUGUUGUACCACACAUACAUGGAAUGCGAACCAAAAACCCGAUUCUGUUGACAACUCGGAUCUCAAGUUCUUCGAUUCUUACUAUGAUGAAGAUGGAAAUUUCCAAUUGGGUGAUGAUGUCACAUCGGAUGUCUUCAACUCCAGUGUCUGGGUACCGGCACAGGAAUUUGGGGCCUACAAGUGUGAUUCUCCAGAGUUGUUGAUCAAUUCUUCUCUGAAAUCGAUCGCAGCGUACCAGGAGGAGAAUAAUCUAGACUUUGAAUUCGUCAUCUUCACUGGAGACAUGAUCGACCAUGAUGAGCUGGAGCAUACAAACUAUAACAUGACCAUUGAAUCUCAGGAGCUCAUUAUCAGAGACAUGAAGAAGUACUUCAACGAUACACCUGUGUACUCGGUGCUAGGUAAUCACGACACAUUUCCAUACGGUCAGCUAGCAUCUGAGGCCUCAGGACAUACCAAUUUAUACGACUGGAAUGAGGAUCUGCUUGCAGACCUGUGGGUUGGUAACGGAUGGAUUCCAUUUGAAGAUUACCAAGAAAUCAAGAAACACUAUGCAGGUUUCUCUGUUGAAACCAAGCGUGGUUUAAAGGUCAUUGCAAUUAAUUCCAACACAUACUACCAAAAGAACUAUUACUCAUACUGGAACAUGACUGAAGAUUUUGACCAGUUUGAUGGAAUCGACCAAUUCGGGACCUUGAAGUUCCUCGUUGAUGAGCUUUUGGAGUCUGAGGCCCAAGGCCAGCGUGUGUGGGUCAUUGCCCAUGUUCCACCAAAUACUCAGACGCUUCCAACUCAAGCAGAAGCUUACAAGCAGAUCUACUCGAGAUUCUCGCCAUCAACUAUUGCUGGACUGUUCUUUGGCCAUACACACCAGGAUCAAUUCACCAUGUUGUACGCCAACGACAACAAGACCAUUGAGGAUGCAAUCAUGAACACCUGGAUUAUUCAAUCUGUUACCCCAUGGGUUGGGUUCAACCCAGGGUGGAGAUACUAUGAAGUUGAUACGGAAACUUUUUCCAUAAUGAACUCCAUGAAUUUCUACACCAAGCUCAACGAAACCUUUGGCAACGACGGUGCUGAGCCUGUUUGGGAAUUCGAGUAUUCUGCUAGAGAAGCAUACGAUCCUCAGAGUACUUGGCCAGCAGAUGCUCCAUUGAAUGCCACUUUCUGGGCUACCGUGGCUGAAAGUAUCAAGAAGAGCAAUGAAACAGCACAGUUGUAUUCUGAUUUUGCUUAUAGACUGUCUCCAUUUGCUCCAGACUGCUCAGACGGUGAGUGUAAAGAGAACUACUGCUAUGUCUCGUCAUUCGGCGUCAAUGAAUAUGAAAAGUGUGCUGGUGAAGGCUCUAUUGAUUCCUAA